UCUUGGCUUUGGAUAGAUAUCAAUCUUGUUUUUUCUUCAGUCCUUUUUAUUUUUAUCUCGAUCUUUCUUUCGACACCUGAUUUGUACACCUGAUUUGGCUGGAUUGACGCCGAUUGUUCUUUGUUCAAUCAAUUUCUUCUGGCUGAUCGACCUCACUAGUCCAAGUCAACCCAUUAUUACAGGUCAGCCCCGAGGGUAUGAAAGUGCCCAGGUUGGCAGGUGAUGAAGGAAGGCACAUAUUUUUCAUGCAUCGCCCCGAUAUCUCUCCGGGUUCUUCUUCCUUUCUUGCUUUUUCUUUUUUUUUUUUUGCUUUCUUUUUGCUUUCUUUUUUCCCCAAGGCUCGAACAUAUCAAAUAAGACCGAGCAUUAUAAAUACCUGCAGCUGCUCACUCUCUCCACCUCCCUUCGAACCCACUGACCUAAGACAGUCCUUGUGAAAAUCACCCGUCCCCCUUUCUUUACAGAGAGAAAAGUGUCGAAACGAGAAAGGAUGAGAAAUGGCAGAUCGUGAAAAUUCUACACGGUGGGGGGGUCCCCAGGAUGAUCAGGUUGAAACCCGAAUAGAUGAAAUCCUCCUCCGAACGAGGCAUCAUCUGGUACCUGGGUGCCUGAGGACUGAGGAGUCGUGCUCCACCGACUCCAUCUUUAGAAGCAGCCUAACGUCCCGCUGUUAGUGAAUGAUAAAAUACGGAUACCACUGCGUUUACAGGUACCAGAUACCGGAUACCCCUACAUCGCGGUAGGGAUGAUGGAAAUUACACGGCUACAUCGUCGUACCUCCCUAGUGGUAUUGGCUGUCAAUAGUAGCUACCACUAACCUUCCUCUCAAUGAGUUCACCGGCAGGAAGCCGGUCAGAA